GUAACGCCUUGUAAACGCCGUCAUGCCCUUGCCAAAAUUCCGUCGGGUCAGCAACGUGCCUGUUGGCCUCUUACUUGUUUGUCUCUUUGGAGAGUCGAGCAGAGAGGAAGCCAAAGAUUUUCCUGUUUAGCUUCGAAAUUAAGUAAAUGAAAGAGAGCAACUUCAAAUCUGCCAAGAAUUACCAAAUUUCUCUUCAUUUCAUCGCCAUUUAACUUGAAUUUAUCCUCCGAUUACUGCAAAUUCAGGGGAUCAUAUUCGAUUGGUGAAGACAUCAACCUUUCGGAGAAACCUAAGCUAUCAAAUUUGAUUACUUAAAUCAUGAAUAUUUGAUAGGCACUGCUGAAAUGUUGGUUCAUAUAGUUUUGGAAUUGUAUAGGACACUGACGUAUGUAUGCAGAAUAUGAGGAUUUUGUUCUUAUGUUUGCUUUUUCCUUGUGCCUUUCUGAGGGAGGAACUGGUGAUAGGCUUGAAUUCGGUGGGCAUAUCUUGUUUAGGUCAUGAAAAUUAUUUGUAAUAGCAUUUAGGGUGUAGAAGCCCAUAUUUGGCUGAGGAAGUAAACAGAAAUAUACACUAUAGGAAUGGCUAGCGUAGCUCUUAGUUUUUUGCGCAAAGAGCCUUUGGAUUUCCAUGGAAGCUUUAUCAGACCUAGUGCUUCAUGCUUAAAUGAUACAAUCUUGAUUUUUCUGUCUGUUGCGGGUUCUAUGAUUCCCAUGCAUGUUAUGGAGUCAGAUUCUAUUGCAUCUGUGAAGCUGAGGAUUCAGGCUUCCAAGGGUUUUUUUGUGAAGAAACAAAAAUUGGUUUUUGAAGGUAGGGAAUUGGCACGAAACAAUUCUUGUGUGAGGGACUAUGGCAUUGCUAAUGGGAAGGUGUUGCAUUUGGUGCUCAGGCUCUCAGAUCUCCAAGCUAUAACAGUUAGAACUGUGUGCGGCAAAGAGUUUGAGUUUCGAGUCGAGAGGGCUAGAAAUGUAGGUUAUGUGAAGCAACAGAUUGCUAGGAAGGGGAAAGGGUUUGAUCUCAUUGACCAAGAAUUGAUUUGUGAUGGCGAGGAGCUAGAAGACCAAAGGCUUAUCAAUGAUAUCUGCAAGAAUAAUGAUGCUGCGAUUCACUUGCUUAUUCGAAAAUCUGCCAAAGUAAGGGCCAGACCCUCUGAGAAAGAUUUUGAAUUAUCUAUUGAAGCAUUAGAUUUGACUGAUAAGGGAGAUGGUGUAUCAGGAAAACAUCAAAACAGGGCAUUAUCUGUGGCACAUAGGAUUGUAGAGGGGAAACCAUUACUUAGAGAUUUCAUUUUGGAGCCUCUAAUUAUUAAUUCUAAAAUUGAACUGCCACAAAUAAUCAAAGAGUUAAUAAACUCUACAUUCAAUGGGUUAGAGAAGGGUAAUGAACCAAUUCGAUCUUCUGAGGGAUCUGGAGGAGCAUAUUUCAUGCAAGAUUCAUCUGGUCACAAAUAUGUUUCUAUUUUUAAGCCAAUUGAUGAGGAGCCAAUGGCUGUGAAUAACCCACAAGGGUUACCCUUGUCAGUGAAUGGUGAAGGAUUGAAGAAAGGAACACAAGUUGGAGGGGGAGCAUUGCGAGAAGUUGCAGCUUACAUAUUGGAUCAUCCAAAGAAUGGGCCACGCUUAUCUUGGGAUGGUCAGAAGGGUUUUGCUGGUGUCCCUCCAACAGUAAUGAUUAAGUGCUUGCACAAAGGUUUCAAUCAUCCAGGAGGCUAUGAAUGUGCUACAAAGAACAUAAAGAUUGGUUCACUACAGAUGUUUGUGGAAAAUGAUGGGAGUUGUGAGGAUAUGGGCCCCCGUGCCUUCCCUGUGGAUGAGGUACACAAAAUCUCAGUCUUGGACAUAAGGUUGGCAAAUGCUGAUAGGCAUGCUGGGAAUAUAUUGUUCAGCAAAGAUGGUGAGAAAGGGAAAAUUUUGCUCGUUCCAAUUGAUCAUGGUUACUGCUUGCCUGAUAGUUUUGAAGACUGCACUUUUGACUGGCUUUACUGGCCUCAAGCUCGGCAACCUUAUUCACCUGACAUUAUUGACUACAUCAAAGCACUUGAUGCUGAGCAGGAUAUAGCACUUGUGAAGUUUCAUGGAUGGGACAUUCCGCUCGAGUGUGCCCGCGUCCUUCGCAUUUCAACUAUGCUCCUGAAGAAAGGAGUAGAGAGAGGACUUACUCCCUUCGCCAUUGGAAGCAUAAUGUGUAGGGAAACAGUGAAGAAGGAAUCUGUGAUAGAGCAGAUUGUUCAAGAAGCCCGGGAUGCUGUGCUCCCAGGAAGUAGCGAAGCUGCAUUUCUUGAAGCUGUAUCAUCAAUUAUGGAUCGCCAUCUUGAUGAGCUAUCCCAGAAAACCUCCAAUAAAGAUUCUGUAGAUAUAUAACACGUGUGGAAUUGUCAUCAUGCUCAUGUAUGGUGAUACAAGAUGGCACACUUUAUCCAUGUUUUGAUGGUCGUGCGUAUUGGGUUCUGUGCAACCUUGAUUGGUGGCUGGAACUUGUAGUGCCAUAACCUACCUCAUUUUGUUCAUACGUCUGACCUUGUCUGUCCUUUCCUCUUUUACAUGGAAAUGGCAUUUUAAGAAGCGACUCCAAGGAAGUUGUAAUCUGGAUGUUUGUCGUGAUGUUAGUUGUGUUUCUUGUGUGGACAAUGGUACAUGCUUGGUCCUUUUUCAUCUUAAAUGUUUCAUGUGAUUUUGUUGGCUUCA